UAGAGUAAGGCUGUCGAGAAUUAGCGCGCCUUUAAAAGCUCUGCCUCAACAUUUCUUCUAUCUCAGCUUCUCCUUCUUCUUCUUCGAUUUAAUUUCUCUUUCUCUUUGAUUUUUGGGAUAAUUUUCCAUUGGAGCUCUGUGAAGUUUCAUAUCCCUAAAUUUUGCAACCUUUUUCUCAACUUCAGUGACAAUCUGAAUCGAAUCGACUAAUUUCUGCUCUUAAAUUUUGUUUAGGCAUCUCAGAAGGGUUGUGUUACAACAAAGAAUAUGGAAAUGGAACAGUACUUUGAGGAGGCCAGCAUCCAGAUUAAUUCAUUUGGAGAGAACAAAUCUUCUCUAGAAAAUUGGAAAUCUGUUUUGGAUGCCAUGGCUGAAACUCAUUGUGAUGCCUCUGGGCUAUUUGAUUGUAACAUAUGUUUAGAGACAGUGAAAGAUCCUGUUGUUACACUUUGUGGCCAUCUCUUUUGCUGGCCUUGCAUUUAUAAAUGGCUUCAUUAUCAGGAUAGCUCUUUAGAAAAACAAGCUCGACGACUCCCGCAAUGUCCUGUUUGUAAGGCAGAAGUUUCUGAUGCUACUCUAGUUCCACUCUAUGGCAAAGGCAAAACUCGAGAUUCAUUCGAAAGCAAGAAUACACAGCUUGGAAUUGUCGUCCCUCGCAGGCCUCACGGUCCUGCUUGCUUUGAAUCGCCAAGGCCAACUUCUCACCCAACCUCUCACACAGUUCCUCAAUACAGGCAAGGAAAUUCAGAUUCUUCUGAUCAAUCAAACGUUUACUAUGCUGAAAUGACAGGAGCAUUCGGAGAAGUGGUUUAUGCGAGAAUGUCGGGUGCGAUAACGAAUCUAUAUGCAUAUCCAAAUUCGUAUCCUCUUGUGUGGAGUAGUAGCCCAAGGAUCAGAAGGCAUAUUUUGCAGACUGAUGAAUCACUCAACAGAAUCUGUAUUUUUCUUUUCUGUUGUUUAAUCAUCUGUCUUCUUUUGUUCUGAGCCAUAGACUUUUCCCUCUACUUUCUACCCCAUUAUAUAAAUUUAGAGUGGAAGGACAGUUAUACAAUAUGCGGAUUGAAUCUGAUGUAGGUGUGGCUGAGUGUUGGUGGCUAUUGGUUGCCCCUUUCUCGCCCUUGUUCUGUAGUUGGUGUAAAUAAGAAUUUUGCUCAUAGCCUCAUUAUGUGGGCUUCUAUUACAUUCUUGACU